AUGAUGUUUGAUUACAAAGAAUACCUUCAGGACAUUAAUGCCUGGAAGGCACACCUUUUACGCUCCGUCAACCAAAAAGAGGCAAAACAGGAUGUACUCGACCAGCUCAAUGAAGAAAGUUGCUUAAUAGUAAUGGACUGGGCAAUGAAAUCUUUAUCCCACCUUUUCCGUGAACAAAUGAGUGGGUUUUUUGGUAAGCAUGGUCGAAGUUGGCACGUUAGUACUGUUAUUACUAAGUUGACUGCCAAGAAAUUUAAAGUUGAAUGUUUUGUUCACCUUUGCAAUACAUGCAACCAAAACAGCUUUGCUAUUACAUCCGUCAUUGAACAUCUUCUAAAAACUCUAAAAGAAGAGUAUCUAACUCUCAAGCAAUGCUUCGUAUGCUCAGAUAAUGCUGGCUGUUUCAAGAACAGAGCACUUCUUCUUGGCUUGCCAGCGGUCUGUGCACGUUCUGGUACAAAAGUCGUCCACUACGACUUCAGUGACCCCCAAGCAAGCAGGGAUAUCUGUGAUUGUAAGAUAGCCUCAAUGAAGGCCCACAUCAAAAGGUGGAUAAACGAAAAACAUGAUGUUCUAACUGCAGAGGACAUGAAGCAGGCAGUCGAGUCUCACAGGGGUUUGACAGGAAUCAGAGCUACUGUCGUUGAGGUAGACCUGAAUGGCCCUGAUGUCAAAGAAGCUGAUCAGCUUAAUAAAGCCACAGUAAACGAGUCGAUGAAGAUCAAGCCAAGACAGAAAAUUGCAAAAGGAAAGGAAGCUGGGAAGACAACAUUUUCUGAUGCUUCAGUACAAGUUGACCUCCAUACAACAGCAGACACAGAUUAUCAGUUUAGAGGAUGAAGAAAUGGAAAAGUCAAAAGAUGAAAUGUUGCAAGAAGAACUAGAAGUAAAUGCAGCUUUAAGAGAAAUGAACCUACCCCAGCCAGAUGCACUUAUGAUAGCUCUGGGGACUCUGCUUAUGACUCCGAUUUUGUCAAAGAAUAGGACUUUCUGAGGAUUUAAUUUUAUCAAACUUUAGCCCUCCCAUAAUCAGCAGUUGUAUUUCUAGUUUCAUUCAAAUGAAUUUUAACUUAGCUUUGAACAAUAAUAAAAAUAUUAUUAGGAUGGCUACUAUACAGCACCUACAGUUUUGAUUCUAUUAAUUUUUAAAAUUGUGGUCCACCCCCUAGCAAUUACCAUGAUUUGACAGUAGAU